UAAUUAAUGGCAUGUUUAACAUUCACUGCGAUUCUUAUUGCUUUGUUUUGGGUUUCUCUACUGCUACUACUCCAAUUGACAACGACUAAUGCAACCAAAGUUUCUCAUGAUGGUAGGGCCAUUACAAUUGAUGGCCAACGUCGACUUCUCAUUUCUGGUUCCAUUCAUUAUCCACGUAGCACCACUAAGAUGUGGCCUGAUUUGAUUAAGAAAGCAAAGGAUGGAGGAGUUGAUGCAAUUGAGACUUAUGUUUUUUGGAAUGCCCAUGAGCCUUUUCGUCGUCAAUAUGACUUUUCUGGCAACUUGGAUCUCAUAAGGUUUAUAAAAACGAUUCAAGAUCACGGCUUUAUGCGGUUCUUCGCAUUGGACCUUAUGUCUGUGCCGAAUGGAAUUACGGGAUUUCCACUAUGGUUGCACAACAUGCGUGGAAUAGAUCUUCUACGAACAGCUGAUACGGUGUACAUGAAUGAGAUGCAAAAUUUUACUGGAAUGAUAGUGGAUAUGGUCGAGAAUGAGUAUGGCAAUGUGAUGAAACCUUAUGGGGAUGCUGCAAAAGCCUAUGUUGACUGG